GGGUGGGUCUCCGUCUAAACCGGACUCAGUUUGAGAGGCAGGACAUCUGGGGAGGAGAAUACACAGCGGCUGGAGCACCGGGACAGGGCGAUAGCAGGUCCGGAAACUGACUGAAGAGCGAAGACACACGCGUGCUCAUCGGACACUGGUCACGAGAGGUCCUCACUGAGUAUUUGAGUAAAGUCUGCUCACUUAAAAACUGAGAAACAAUAGCAUAAGGAUAGUUAAGUUACGUAUUUCCUAUCUGCUGCUUUCAAUUUUGAAAUUGAAGGACUUGUUUCGUAUUCAAACCUCCGAACAAAAGACAGACAUUUAGCAGGAGCGAUGGAAUUAACACCUUUGCUCACCAAGAUGAUUCUAAUGACGCUUCUACUGGCAACAGUCUCCGCGUCCAAAUUGAAUGUGCCACGACUCAGACUCUCCUACAAAGAUCUGGUGUCCACCAACAGGUCGUCCAUCUUCAGCGGUCACCACGGUAACCAGGGCCAGCUCUCGCUGGGCGCGGUGUUUCUGGAUGACUACCAUGACCGUCUGUUCCUGGGGGGGAAAGACGUCCUGUACUCCCUACGACUGGACCGUACCAAUGCAGACUCCAAAGAGAUCUACUGGCCUCCGUUGCCUGGUAACAGAGAAGACUGUGUCCAGAGGGGAAAGGAUCCUCAGACGGAGUGUGCCAACUUUGUGCGCCUGUUGCAGUCCCAUAACCGCACACACCUGCUGGCCUGUGGUACCGGAGCCUUCCAUCCUAUGUGUGCCUAUGUGUACGUGGGCCAUCGAGGAGAGCAUGUCUUCACCAUGGACCCCACCAACGUGGAAAGUGGAAGGGGGAAAGUUCCCCAUGACCCAAGCCUUCCCUUCGCUAGCACCUUCGUUGGCGGGGAGCUGUACACAGGGCUAACAGCAGACUUCCUGGGUAGAGACUCAGUCAUCUUCAGGAGUCUAGGAAGAUCCACCAUGAGGACUGAGACUGACCAGAAACUUUUACGUGACCCCAAGUUUGUGGCGGCCCACCUGAUCCCGGACAACGACGACGGGGAUAAUGACAAGGUGUACUUCUUCUUCACGGAGAAGGCCAUGGAGGCCGGCGACCCCCAGGGGGCCAUCCACACACGCAUCGGACGAGUCUGUGCCAAUGAUGCGGGUGGUCAGAGGGUCCUGGUUAACAAGUGGAGCACCUUUGUCAAGGCCAGGCUGGUGUGUUCUGUACCAGGACCACACGGCAUUGACACACACUUCGAUGAGCUGGAGGAUGUGUUCUUGUUGAGAACCAAAGAUGACAAAAACCCAGACGUGUAUGCCAUCUUCAGCACCAUCAGUAACGUGUUCCAGGGCCAUGCGGUGUGUGUGUACCGCAUGGCUGACAUACGAGAGGCCUUCAACGGGCCCUUCGCCCACAAGGAGGGGCCGGACUACCAGUGGGGGGCGUACGAGGGCAAGGUGCCCUACCCUCGCCCUGGGGUGUGUCCCAGUAAGAUCACCAACCAGCCAGGCCGGCAGUUCGGCAGCACCAAGGACUUCCCGGACACGGUUCUCCAGUUCGCCCGCAGCCACCCCCUGAUGUGGCGGCCGGUGUACCCCGCCCUGCGCCAGCCCCUGCUGGUCAAGGCCAACCUUCCGUACCGGCUACGCCAGAUCGUGGUGGACCGCGUGGAGGCCGAGGACGGCCAGUACGACGUCAUGUUCAUCGGCACAGAUGUGGGCACGGUGCUGAAGGUCAUCGCCUUGCGCAGCGGAAACUCGCUAGACACUGAGGAGGUCACUCUGGAGGAGCUGCAGGUCUUCAAGGUUCCAACUCCCAUCACGUCCAUGGACAUCUCUGUCAAAAGGCAAGCGCUGUACGUGGGCUCUCCUGCAGGCAUGGCCCAGGUCAGGCUCCACCGCUGUGAUGCGUACGGGAAGGCGUGUGCUGAGUGCUGCCUGGCCAGGGACCCCUACUGCGCCUGGGACGGGACGUCCUGCACACGCUACCUCCCCAACACCAAACGGCAACGGGUCCGCCGCCAGGACAUACGCCAUGGCAACCCAGUCCUGCAGUGCCAGGACCAGAACCUCAGUGUAGAGGACCUGGAUGUGACAGAGGAGAGGGUGGUGUACGGGACGGAGAACAACAGCACCUUCCUGGAGUGUGUCCCUCGCUCCCCACAGGCCAGCGUCACCUGGCUGGUGCAGCGAGACGAACGCAUGGAGGAGGUGAAGCUGGAUGAGCGCGUGAUGCGUACAGAGCAGGGUCUGCUCUUCCGCCGCCUGUUCCGCCACGACGAGGGCGUGUACGUGUGCCGCUCCAGGGAGCACGGCUUCACCCAGACCCUGGCCCGCCUCAGCCUGGACGUCCUGCGGGGGGAGACCCUGGGGCAGCUGCUGGCGAGAGACGACCUCUCCCUGGACGCCCUGGGGGCCCCGGGGAAAACCCCCAACAGCGGCGGGUUUAGGGUGUGGCCUUCCUGCCACGCCUACAGACCCGGGGCUGCCUCGGCCUUCGGCCAAUCGCGCGCCUGGUUCAAGGACUUGAUGCAGUUGAUUGGCCCGUCCAACCUGCCGCAGGUGGAGGAGUACUGUGAGAGGAUGUGGUGCAACGACAAGCUGAGGAGGAAACACAAGGCCAUGGUGGAGAAGUACAGGCAGGCCCAGGAUUCAGCACGCAAGGCUCGCGCCAACAAGGGCUCUGGCGAACGCAACCGCACGCCACGAGACCUGACGGGCAGGGAGUAAUGGGGGGGGGAUGGAGGGAAGAGAGGAGAGGGGAGGGGAACCUUUGUGCUGUCACGUGAUUGAGAGACUGCAAGGGUGAAAAGGAGAGAUGUCAGAUGGAGAGAGAGCCGAGGACGGGUUCGUUAGAAGCGACCGAUGGUGAGAGAGGGACGGAGGAGAAGCCGAAACACCGAGAAAACCGGGACAGAUGCAGACUCUUCUCUCGUAACAGUCACCGUCGUCUCCUGUGCCCGUGUUCGUGAAGACACCCAUCCUAGCUCCCCCUCCAGCUCCACUCCUCUCCUCACACCUGGAAACUCUUUGACUGUGGGUCUGAACGUGACUGUAUAUGUGUGUAGCUGUGGAUAGACUGUACCAUUCUGUAAAUACUGUCUGUAAAUCCCCUUAGCACCUUCUCUUUGUAGAAACGUUGUACUGUAGUCCUCCGCACACAAGCCUCCCUUGUUCUAUGCACACCAUGCCUAUUCUGCUGUACACACACAUUCUUUCAUCCAUGUACACACAGACUCCUCGUACUCUGCUGCUCUACACGCACCAUUCUUAGUUUACACUCACAUGCCAUCCCAGUUAAGGUGUUGCACGUACACAGACACACACACACGUAGAUGCCCAAUCAUACACACACACCUCCCUUGUUCAGCUGAUCUACACACACCACCAUUCUUGGUACAUGCAACAGUCUCCUGAUCGGACACCACCUCAGCCCAUCACCCAGAGAAAAUAGCCUUAACUGGAAAUAGGACGAUUGUUGAUAGUUCAACAGAUAAAAGCCUGCUUUGUUUUAAUCUGCUGCCAGACUCAAGUUCCCACAGUGCAUUGUGCUGUGGUUCACUCCAGACAAAGGAGAGAACAAUGCCAGGCUAGGUGGCUGAGACUGGCCGGCCUGUUUUCUGCUGGGUAAACACUGAUUUAUAUGUUCCGCACAGGAUAAUCUCUGUUGGUUAAAUAUCACUUGGUCACUCGCGCACACACCUCGACCACCUUCCAUAGACAGAAGGAGAUGGAGGAAGGAAAGAAUGGAGGAAGGGAGGGAUGGAGACAGGGAUGGAGGGGCAGAAGAGGGUUGGGGUUGGUGUAAGUCUGGUUUCGUAAUCGAGCUGGGCCACAGCGGGAGAGGUAGAGGAGGAGCAGUAGAAAGGAGCCAAACAAGAGAGGAGUGUAGCUAUGCUGCCCCUAGAAAAACCCAUUUUCCCACAAUCCUCAGUGUAGUCAGCAAAGUCCCAUAAUGUGUAACAUUGUGUGUUUUUUUCUUCUUCUUCUUCCUCUUUAAAAUGGCUGCCGAGUCGGUGACACAUGCAUCACUCUGUCUGCGUUUGUUUGCUUAGUUUGAGAGAAGUGAGAGCCGUUAUUCGUGUCCAGCCUCUGUGUUUUCUCUCCAAAUAUUGUUCUUCGAUCGUAUCUGGACGGACAGGGAGUGAUGGAGAGAGUCGCGGGGCUAAGGCAGUCGACGGGAAGAAGCAGGGAGGGAGAGAGGAAGGAAAGCAGGAUGGAGAAAGGAAGGAGGGAGGAGGGAGAAAGAAGGAGAAGGGAAGGAGAGAGAAGGAGGGAGGGAGAGAGGAAGGAGGGAGAGAAGGAAGGGGGGUGGGGACUAAUGCAUCAGAUCCUACUGUAGUCCUGACCUUUGGUCCUGUCAUCUGUCUCAGUCCAGGACACCAGCUGGCCUCAGAAUGUCCCGGUAAACUGAUCAGAGGUUGUGAAACAGGAUUUGAGACAUAGAUACAUUCUGACUAGGUCUGGGAUCACACACUAACAGGAGCCCUUCAGACAGGGCUGUUAAAAGGGGAGGAGCCAGUUCAACACAACUGUGGAAGGUACACCAUCAUGUCAUACAUCAUCAAAGUGUAACAAUGAAAGGAAAUGUGUCCGGCCAUCAUUUUAUAGUUAAUUCCUGUACUGUAGGUGUAGUCUUGUGAUACGUUUCAAACUAGCUUUGACAAUGUGUUUGACAGUUUCGAGUACAGCCAACCUUUGUUCAUUUCCGGAACAAAAUCUGGUUGGUAUUGAUGUUUCUCUUUAGCUGUGUUCUCCUUACAGGGAUCCUCACUGAGCUGUAACUGGUCAGGUAUAAGAGGGGAUGGGGAGUCGUUCUAACAGGAAUAUCUUAAUUUAACUGUGUUUGCUGUAUUUAAAUCUUAUUUAAAGAUUCUCAUGCAUGCUGUUUCUGUAUAUAUGUAUGCUAUUUAACACACCAAUACAGUCCGGGAUGUUUAACUGAG